CAAAUAAAAUGGAAGAGGAGUCAUUAGAGCUAAAGCAUGAAGGAAGUCCUGUUUUAGAAAAUAACACACUGGUGGAAAACACUGAAACAUUUGAGGAUCAGACAGAGACAUCAAGUGCUCAGGUUAGGGAGGAAGAAACUGAACCACCUAACAUCUCAGAUGCUGUUGAGGAUGAUGUUGUCCAGCAGGCUUUACAGCUGAUGGAAGAUAUGUCUGUUGCACCACAGAUAUCUGAAACCAAUGUUGGGCAAUAUAUGAUAACAGAAGAGGAGGAUGGAAUAGAUCCCUUUUUAAAUGAGACCUUGGAGGACACUGGGGGUCCAGAAAUAGAAAAUUUCAUUGAAGACCUUCUAUCUCGUGAGUACACUGAGGAGGAAGAAGAGGAAGAGGAUAGACGUCCAGCUCCUGACCCAGAGAGUGAGAGGACCAGCCCUCUUAAUGAAUUAACAGUGCCUGCAGAAGAAGAGGAGACCGACCUCAACAUCAACACUAGAGAAUAUACGGCUUUGCUAUCUGAACUACAGGCUGAGAGUGAAACACUCGGCAAGCUAAAUGGUCAUCUACAGACCAAAAUAGCAGAAUACCUCAGUAGGAAAGCAGGUGAUAAAAAUCCCAGACUGGAUGAAGAUAUCUCAGACCAGGAGCGGUACCAAAAAUACUUGGCUCUCAUGGAGGAGCUAAAAGUGCAGCACCACCGUGUCUCAGAGCUCCACCAACAGAGGACUGAGGAGCUCCGCCAGCAGAGCUUAGAGAAACUGAAGCAGGUGGAGCACGAGCUGAGAUCCCUAGCUGCACUGAAAUAUGAAGCUGCCAUGACAGCACUGACUGGUAAGGUGGGCAAACAGGCAUCACUGGCAAAGGUGGAGAAACUACAGGCAGACGAACUGAAGCAGGAAGACAAGCUGGCGUCGGUGCGUCUCAACAAUAUCAAGCUCAAAAACCAAAUAAGUCAACUUGAGACAGAACUUAAAUCCAAGCGUGAGCUUGCUGAAGGCUUGCUGCUGAUGGACUUUGAGCAGCUCAAAACAGAGAACCAGACAUUUAAAGACAAGCUGAAGGAGCGCAGCGAGGAGCUACUGAGGCUGAAAAGGAAGGUUGCCUGCUCUGUGCAGGGCAUUUCACACGUGAAAGAGAAGCUGAACUUCAUGCAGAUGGAGAAUAAGGUCAAACACUCUGAACUGGUGAAGACAGACGCAUUGGUGGCUCUUAAACGUGAAGUGCUAACACGUACUCGACAGGCUCGUGACGGCCUACGUUCAGACAACCUUAAGCUGCAGCAGCGCUGUGGCCUGCUGGGAAACACCACACUGCUGCAGGACUUUGAGGAGAAGGUAGACACCUCCGAAUGCCUGGAGCAGAGACUAGAGAUGUUGAAGAGACGUCACGCUGAGCUCACGCUGAAGUGUGCUGGAGUCAAGCAGAAGAUUGAGCAAAGCAAACCAGAGGGCCAGUGACAACACAGGUGUACACAAAUGUACAAUGCAUGUGCUUUCUCUCUGCAAUUCAUUAUUUAUCUGUUCAAUUUUAUUAAUUAUCUGUUCAAUCUUAAUAAUUAACAUAGUGUAAUUUGAUAAAGCAUACCAUGCAUGUAGCAGGAUAUGACUUCUCACAGGAAAUGUAGCUGGGUCGUGGUCAAAUGUCCAACCACAAAUAUCAUCUAUUGACCCGUAUGUAUGUAUUAUUAAAAAACGAAACCCCCAACCAAUUCUGCAAUAAUGUUCUGCUCUUUUAAUUUGCUAUUGAGUUGAAAAUGCUCAUGUUUGUAGAGAAAACAAAGACUUGGGUCUAUGUGACUUAUUUAUUAUGUUUUAAUAAUCUGUUAUGGUUUUUACUUGUUUGAAACAUGAAGCACAUUAGGGUUUUUCACACUGCUUAACACCACUUUUAAGCGGGGGUAAAGAAAUGUUUCACACCUGUCAUUUAAAAGCAGUGUUAGCAGUGCUUUUUAACCAUGCUCUGGAGCAAAUGCAGCGCUAAGUUUGCUCAGUGUGAAAUGGAGCAGUGUUUACUUGUUGCUGCUAGAUGUUUGGUAACAGGCAGACACUCAUUGAGCAUCGACGAUCAUAUCACAUCACAGAAAUGUUAAAAGACAGAAAGCGUGUGAACUGGAGUGAUGAUGAAAUUAAAUUGCUUACAUAAUUCCCCGAAACAUUAUUUUCUUUGUAUAUUUUUUUUUUGAUUAUCCAACAAAUUGUACUACCGCUGCUGGCCAAAUUGGUUACCUAAACAAAAUACAGUGACCGUCUGAUGGUCUAAAGCUUUGUUCACACUGACCGUGUUUACACUAAAACUGACUGAAUCUUUAGACUGUUGGUUUGUAACAAGCGGUUCUGUUGUGCUGUCGUAUAGACCUGUAGACCUGUGAUACAGCUGAUCAGCUUCGGUGGUCCCAUAGUCAUUUGUAUUGCCAUUGGACAUAAAGGAUGUCAAGUCGGGGGACAUUUUGACAUCUUCUUUGAACGGUCCAUAACUGAAGCCUUCGUAUUGUAAGAGAUGGUGAUCGUUUGAUGUCAUGGCCCUCUUCACCCAGCUCAACUGAGGAUCCACGCAAAAAAUUAUGACCCUUCUUUGUAGUAAAACUGUUACAAUGAAAAGAUUACACCAGAAAUCUUACAAACAUUGGCUAUACAUUUUAAUGAAUUCCAAUAACCUGUUUAUGGUGACAAAUUACACAUCAUUUGUAUCUGUCUUUAACAGACCAAAGAAUCUAAAAGAAAACAGACAAUGGUAAAACUCACAUGACUCCAGGUUGGGAGCAUCCGACUGUAUGUACAUAUGACUCAAUUCUAGAGAUAGGUAUUUGUCUCCCAUAAUAAUUAAAACAGCAUUGGCCAUAUGGUUGAGAACUGUGGGGAAAAAAUCAUUUAAUGAGCCUAUUAUUACAAUUAAAUAUGUAAUAUUGUUUAUAUUGAGCUUAAACAUAUCAUUAGAUGCUGAAUUUUCUGACACUGAUCAUGUAUGACUUUUACAACACACAAAGGGUUGUUGAAAUAUGUUAAUUAAUUACAUUAUUUAGUAAAUAAAUAAUAUUUAAUGACAGUCCUUCACACAAGACUGGAGGAAUGUGACUGCUGUAAGUCAAGUAAAAAAAUAAACACAAUAAU